UCCCAUCGACACCUGCAGUUUUGGACGUUUUUCUUCAGUUUUGGUUCAACACGUUUGUGUGUGUGUGUGUGUGUGUGUGUGACCUUUUGGUUCAGUUUUUUGGAUGACUGAAACUGAACCAAAUUGCGUGUGCAUGCAUCCAUUGUAUGCAUGUAUCUACGCAUCACAUUUUUCUAACUGGACUGCACCACACUCGUGUAUUGCCAUGAAAAUAAAAUGUUGUGGUCUGGUUUCAUUUCUUAGCUGCUCAAGUGUAACAAUCCACACACUGUCUUUCAAUCUACCAACCAAGAGAUAUUGCUACCUAUCUAUUUGCCACUUGCUUGCAUUCAGAAAUUAUGUUGAUUUCCUCUGCUGCAAAAAGUCCAUCUUGUGUUAUUACGCUUGAUUUCUUCAUUCAGAGAAAGAACAUUGAGGCGUGGAAAGGUCUAUUCCCAAAUUUCUGUACCAAAGCACAUUCUAAGACCUUCUUAUGUGGGUGCAAACAUACUGCAAGAACUACCCGUCGUGCGCCAAAUACACAAUGCCGAAGGUAUCGCUGGGAUGAGAGCUGCUUGCAAACUUGCUUCCCGUGUACUGAACUUUGCAGGAACAUUGGUUAAGCCAUCAAUUACUACAAAUGAAAUCGACAUGGCAGGGCAUCAUAUGAUAGUUGAGGCGGGUGCUUAUCCUUCUCCACUUGGCUAUGGCGGAUUUCCUAAAAGUAUCUGCACAUCAGUAAAUGAGUGUGCCUGCCACGGACUACCUGAUUCAACACAGCUGCAGAAUGGAGACAUCAUAACUAUUGAUGUAAAUGUGUUCCUAAAUAAAGCAGAGUAUGCCAUUUCAGCGCACUACGAUCACACCUGUGUCUGGGAGGAAGUUCUUCAGAACAAGUGCUUAAACAAGUACAAUCACACUGCUAUCGACGGGCAAUUUUACUUUUAUCAGUUUGAGGGCCUGUGAAGUUUAAUGCCUCUGGCCAAGAUCCUGUUCUAGCGAGUUAUGUGCCUGAAGGUUCUUUCAUGCCUUUGGUUCAAUGAGGUCAACCGUUUCACCUCACGUGAUAAAUCGAGUUUUACAUACACUUGCUUGAAGCUCAUGAGAAUGAACGCUGGAAGAUAUUU